AUGACGACUCCCCGCGCCUUUGUCAUUCGUCACGGCGAGACGGAGUGGUCCCUCGACGGCCGGCAUACCGGCAGUACCGAUAUCCCGCUCACGGCCAACGGCGAGAAGCGUGUGCGAGCCACCGGCCGCGCUCUGGUGGGCAGUGAUCGCCUUAUUGUACCCAAGCGAAUCUCUCACAUCUACGUCUCCCCUCGCAAACGUGCCCAGCGCACCUUUGAGCUUUUGAACCUCGGCAUCAACGACAAUCUGCCCUGGAAGGAGCACGGAGAGAUCGAGGGCAACGGCCCGCACUGCAACGCCUGCGUCGAGGUCACCGAGGACAUUCGAGAAUGGGACUAUGGCGACUACGAGGGCAUCACGUCACCGGAGAUUCGUCGCAUCCGCAAGGAGCAGGGCCUUUCUGAGAACUGGGACAUUUGGCGCGAUGGUUGCCCCGGCGGCGAGAGCCCUCAAGACGUGACAGAACGUUUGGACCGCCUGAUCAAGGACAUCCGCGACAGGUGGCACAGCCCCGUCAUCGGCAACAAGGCCGCGCCCAACGGGGACGUCCUCGUCGUCGCCCACGGCCACAUCCUCCGUGCCUUUGCCAUGCGCUGGGCCGGCAAGACGCUGCAGGACGGACCGGCGUUUCUGCUCGAGGCUGGUGGUGUCGGUACUUUGAGUUACGAGCAUCACAGCAUUGGUGAGCCUGCUAUCUUGCUUGGAGGUGCUUUUGCUGUUGAUAUUGGUGAUAAAGAGUAG